AGAAGCAGAGUCUUGAAAGCUCCAUCCAUUUCUCCGUCUCCCCCUCCCAUUGGAAAUCAAAUCAAAAUCCUAUGAAACCAUGUUGGGACUCAGAGAUAUCCUCCUCAUUGCCCCAACUCCAACUUCCUUGCACCACCAACAACAUCAACCCAUUUCCUCCGACCACCACACAGCCCUCCCUCUGCCUUCCUCCGCCGCUCUCGGCGUCGGCCUUGGAAUCUUCCCUCUUCUCACCGCCACCCCACACGCACCAACAGCCGAGGGCAACUCUGACACUUCCCACUACUGGGGACUCAGGAAAUACCAAGACCCCAACUCUUCGAAGCAGGACAUGCUCAACUUUGGAAACCAAAACCAUGGUGGCGCUCAGCAGCAUGAACAGGUUGUGGACUGUCAUGGCAAUAAUGACAGAGACGGCGCCGGUGGUGGCAAGAGCUCCAAUAUGAAGGCUUGCAAGGACUGCGGAAACAGGGCAAAGAAGGGGUGUGAGUACAGGAGGUGCAGGACUUGCUGCAGAGGACGCGGCUAUCACUGCUCUACUCACGUGAAGAGCACGUGGGUACCGGCGUCCAGGCGGCGUGAGCGUCAGAAUAUGGUCACAGUUGCUGUUCCUGGCGUUGGCGGCGGAGAAGGUUCUUCUGGAUCUUCUUCUGUUGCCAAAAGACCAAGAGUUUCUGUGCCAUCACAGAAUGCAAGUACAGAUGCAAAUGUCAAACGCUCGUUGCCGGAUAAGGUUCGUGCCCCUGCAGUUUUCCGGUGCCACAGAGUCACCGCGAUCAGUAACGGCGAAGCUGAGUUAGCGUAUCAGGCGACGGUGAAAAUAAGCGGCCAUGUAUUCAGGGGAUUGCUGUAUGAUCAUGGGGUUGAUGAGAACAACACAUUACCGUGUAUUUCACAACCGAAUUUGGAAAGUGAUACAAACCAAAGAAAUGCAGACUCCGCUUCUACUCCAACUGUUCCUCCAUCAAACAAUGCCUGUCCAACCUCAACCAGCUGAAGAUUAUUUAGAGACAUUGCAGAACCCGUGUGUGCUGCUCCUUGAUGCUUGAAAAGCCCCCCCCCAGCUGCAUCCUUAGUUUUGCUACAAUUAAGUAUAAAUACAGAAGGCACACGCCGUAGAGAUGUGAGCAAAUACCCGGCAGUCCCUUUUCCGGCUGUUAGAACUUUGUUAGUGUUGAUAGCUUCCAUGUAAUUACCUCCAGAAAAAAAGAGUAGAAUGUAAACAAGACGCCAUUUUGAUUCCAUGAAAGUGUUGGGACAAGAUAGAUGCUAGAAUGUUGCAUGAUGUGGCGAUCGAUGAGUGUGAAUCUUUCUGUGAGCAGAAUGCAAUGCGGUGCAUAUGUCCAAUGUGGCAGAAAAACUUGCCCGCAGCGUAUGCAACAUUAUUUCUAUAUCUCCUCAUAUGAUUGAUUGGUUGACACGCGAAGAGAAAGAGACAUUGUUGCAUACAACUCGCUGCACUGAAGUUCCCCAGCCCCUAUCGACAUGAAGAACAAAACAAGGAAUUAAAGGAAGAUAAUGGAUCACACCCACCAAUGUGGGUUGCAAAAAAAAAAAAGCAUGUUAUUCCUUUGUGUACACUGAUGUGGGAACUUGAUGGCAACUCUCAGUGAAACCGGGUGCCUGAGUCCUAAAGCCUUGACCGUAAUUGUGUGUGCGGAGGUAUGCUCGAAGAACAAGAAAAAGAAUUCCGGCCAUGGAUGGCUCGAUAACUGGUGAUGUACGGCGGCCUAUCUGCGUAAGAUUAUACGCCAAGUUCAACUUAGGCCGGUGUGAGAGUCAAUUCAUAACCCUAACUGCAAGAUACUGAUACAACCACAAAGAGCAGGGGGCGGAGUAGAAUCAUAUCGAAUGUAUUUGGAGUAUCGAAUCUCACUUGUUGAAUCAUAUCGAAUAAGCAACGAAGAAUUCGAAUUAGACCA